UUACACUUUUCCAACUGUUUUGACUAAAUGCCAUCAGAGAACAAUUGUUUAUGUGUGUUUUUGUUUUCCUCAUGUCUUCUGCAGCAAAAAAGAAGGAUGCUGUAGAUUCAGAUUCUCACUCCGAGGGCUCAGGAGAUGAAGGUGAAAAGGGGAAGCAUGGAAAGGGCCAAGGCAAAGGGAAAGGGAAAGGUCAGCAAGGUCAAGGACACGGUCACGGACACAGUCAUGGAGGUGAACAUGGGAAAAAGGGAUGUGAACAAAAAGGAAAAAAGUGAAACUAAAUGUUCAAAGCCUGAGACUAUGUGAUGGUCCAUGCAACAAAACUGGGUUUCAGUUCAACUUUGCAUCCAAAAAAUGAAAUUAAAACACCAUUAAAAAACAAA